AUGUCACAAAGCCCGAAUCGACAUCGUAAUAGUUUAAACGUAACGUUAGACGAUAGUUUUGAAAUAGACUUUUCUGAAAGUCAUAUUUUUGAGGUUGUAUUAGGAUCACCCGUUAGCAUGACAGGUACUAAUAGCAACGCGUCGAGCGAUAAUACGAGUGUAAAUCAUAUAGUUACUAUUGAUAAAACUGUAGAGCACGUAAUACGAUUGGUACCCGAAUUUAGUGGGGGUAUAGAUGAAAAAUUAGUAUUUUUUAUAAAUGCAUGUGAGUUAGUGAUAGAUAUAACUCCAGUGGCUAAUCAGGACAUAAUGUUAAGGACAAUCCUUAAUCGAAUAAAGGGCUUAGCUUACGAGGUAAUAAAAUACGAAAAUAUAACUAGUUGGGCUAUGUUAAAAACGUUAUUGAAAACUACAUAUGAUAGACCCACAAAUGCAGCGUAUUUACAAACCGAAUUGUUUAGCGCGAAGCAGCGAUAUAAAGAAACAUUAAUAGAAUACGUUAAUAGAAUACGUAAUUUAGUGCAGGCCGUAUCGGAAGGUAGCACACAAGGUAAAAAUGUAAGCGACGCAUUAGCUGUACAAAAUAAUAUAAGGGAACAGGCCUUAUUAGUAUUUUUGGAAGGGAUAUCCGAUAGAAUUAAAUUAAUGGUAAAAAGUAAACAUCCCUCCACAUUGGAACAGGCUAUUCAAAUUGCAAUUAUAGAAGACAAAAAUACGACCCCAAAUGAAGUAAAACAAAAGAGUAGUAACUUCCGAGAUAGAGGGGGCACCCAAAAGUUUAAUAAAGGUAAUUGUCAUGUAUGCGGAAAAUACGGGCAUUACGCUAGGGACUGUAGGUUCAAAGAUAGUGUAAAAAACGAAGGGAAAAUAAAUAUGAAUAAGCCUAUCGCUAGAACAUACAUGGUAUGUGAAUAUUGCUCGAAAAAAUGGCAUACCAUGGAUAAAUGUUAUAAAAAGAAAAACGAAGAUAAACGUAAUAAAGGAGAAAGCUCCAAUUCGGGAAACGGCUAUCGGCCACAGGAAUAG